AUGACCACUGCAACGAAAGGACAAAAGGAUAAACCUUUCUCAAAUCCCCGCUUGGUGCCACGGCCGACCGCCGCGUCGGCUGCGCGCGCUGCCCGUAAUGCCACCAAUAGAAAUCUCACAUCGCUUCCGUCACGACAGUCGCCCACCCGGACUCCUGUUUCUCCUAAGUUGCAGGGAAAGGCUUCUGUACAACGUGCUCUAAAGUCUGAUUCCAAAACUGAAGUAAAGAUAAAUAAUUACCCGGAAAUUGAAGUGGUAGUAGAAAAGAAGGCUCCUAUAGAAGAAUUGCAAACUUUUACUGUCGAAAAACCUUUAGCAGUGGGUGUUAUAGAAGAGGAAACUACAGGGAAUCAAGACGAAUUUAUAAUUGACGUCAAUAAUGUUCCAGAAAAAGAGAUUAUAGUUACUGGUGACUUAGAAUUUAAAAACCCCGAUGAUAAUGAAAAAUUGAAUGAAGGAGAUUUACAACUGAGCUGUCUUAACAAUGAACCUCGGAGCCGGCCUAACACGCCGUCGUUAAGUAGUCGCCCGCAGACUCCUCGAAGCAUGCAAUCGAGUCGUCCCCAAACGCCACGUAUGCCCAGCCGUCCCACCACUCCGGCGCACCCUGUACAACGGCAAAGCACACCUACAAGCCGUCCUAACACUCCGCAGUGCGCGCCAAUUUCACGCCCCAGGACACCAUCUGCUAUGGUUGUUCCACCAAGUUCUAGGGUUUUGUCCCCAUCUUCUGUUUGUAGUCAUUCACGAUCGCUGAAAGAAGAAGAGGACGUGAGAGCCACUUUUAUUGCAAAGCAAAAGCAAUUCCGUAGUUUAAAGAUGGAACUAGAUUUGAAACAGCAAGUGGUCUUGGAGGCGUUUGAUAAUUUACGCGCAUUACGAGAGCAAAUGGCACGUGAAAACGGCGUUACCGAGUAUGGUGAAGGACUGCAGCUACAAGAACUAGUUGUAUUCAAUGUAGCUGACUGGACGUCCGAAGAGAUAUCCCAACUAUGUCGUGAUGCAGCCGCAUCUUCUCCUACGGAUGGUACCAUCGAAAUCAUUACCAACACUCUGCCAAUCGAUGAAUGUACUCUAGUGGAUAUCAAUGCAAAAGUUUUAAGUGUUCCUGCACAUUUUGCCGACUUAUGCCUUCAGGCUUUUACUGCGCGUCAAGAAAUUAUUGAUUGGGUCAAGGAACUCAUUGGACAAACCGAAAAUGGAGGCGGCGAGAGUUUAGAGCGAAUCGCUCGUUACAAUGCUCAUGGACUUGAAUUAUGCGAAUCCCUUCGCGCACUGAAAUCUCGGUCUGAUGACGCUGUAGACGCUAUCAGUCAACUCGCCAAGCGGGUUUUCCACGAGCGAGGUGCCUUAAUGGCUGUCGGAGAAUCAUUAGUACGAGAAAUAGCACGGCUACGGAAUGAUUUGGAAACACAUUCAAACGCUAUAAAAGCAUUACAAGCAUCGCGAAAUGAAAUGAGUCGCAACCGAGCGUGCGAGGAUGUACGCAAAGAACUAGAAGAGGAACGUGCAACGCGUGUUGCAACAAAAGAAAAAUUAGGAUCUACUGAAUCCCAAUUACGUCAAGCUCGACUCCGUAUUACUAAAAUGGAUCGUCAAUUGCGCGAAGCUGAAGCAAGUAUUGCCAGUCUAACAAGCACCGUAAAGGCUUUAGAAGACCAGAGUCGACAAAGGGAAGCAUUGUUAGAAUCGCGUGCUAGAAAAUUAAAAGAAUCUUUGAAAACUGGAGAAAUAAGUAGCAGUCAAUUAGUUCAACAGCGUGAUGCAUUGCAGUUUGAGGUUCAAGAACUGAAACAGCAAAUUGAGACGAUGGCUUCACAGCAGAAGUCAAUGAUGCAAGAAUUAAAUAAUCAGCUCAAAGAGUCCCAGGCUGUUUUAGAAAAUCAGUACCAAUUAACUCAAAGGGUUAAUGAGCAGAAAGAAGCGACUGAGGCUGCCCUUGGGGAUGCUCAAAAUACUAUAGAAGAACUAACAUCUAAAAUAUCUGAACUUGAAAGUAGACCUAUUUCUGAUUUACCAACUGAAAGAGAAAUGGACCUGUGGGCAGAAUUACAAUCUACUAAAGAUACGUUGCGUAUAACUGAGGAGGAAAUGGCAACGUGUAAACGAGAGAAAGUUCGGUUCUUGGAAACGCUGACGAAGAUAUCUGGAACGGAGAAUAAGGUAGGAAUGCAGCAAAAACUAGCAGCCGAACUUCUAAGUAAGGAAGAAAUACUAGGAAAAAUGCAAUUACAAAUAAGAGAACUAACGAAAAACAUUAAACUAAAUGAACAAAAAGUGAUUCAAUACGAACAAUUUAUUCGCGAUCUGCAAACGCAGAAUCGUACUAUAACUCUCAAUCAGGCAGAUGGAAAUGGCUAUGAAGAACUACAACAGGAGAUAAUGAAUUUGAGAAUAGCCCUUCUUGAAGCAGUGCACCGAAAUGAAGAAUUGUCCGAGCAGUUGAUACAAAAGGAUCAACAGCUCGAGCAGCAAGACAAGACAUCACGUGCCCAGGCAAGAGUCAUAAAGGUACGCGAGGAGUUGAUUAAUAUGCUGAAGAACAAAGAAACGGAGCAGAGUCGUGAGCUGGGCGCGUUACAACAAGAUCUUGAGCACCGAAUGAAAAUUGUCGAUGACGUAAAUAAGCAAAUAGCGGCAAAAGCAGACGAAAUCCAAGAAUUGUUCAAAACCUUGGAAAACAAACAGCAGCAGAUCCACCGCUUGGAAAAAAUUGUGUUAGCGCUAGAAGAGCAACAGCGACGAGCGCAGGCACAACGGACAAGAAACGAGGAGAAAAUCGCAGCGCUUGAACACGAACUUGCCGCGAACGGCAGUCGAAAGGAACGAAAAUACCUGUUCUUUUAA